GUACUCGAGGCACAGAGCGACAGCGUUGGGCGGCAGCGUCGGAAGAUGGAGCUCGAAGGCGGCAUGGCGGCUGUCGGCGAGGAGGAGGAGGAGGAGGCGGCGGCGGCGAAGAAGAGGGCGAGGCCGAGCGAGGAGGUCGAUGGCGAGUGCCAAAGCGAUGGUGUUCCGGAAGCACCUUCCGCGGAGCACGGGAAGCCGGCGGACGGCGUCUCCUCUGUCAUCCCCGGGUGGUUCUCCGAGAUAAGCCCACUGUGGCCAGGAGAGGCUCACUCUCUAAAGGUGGAAAAGGUACUGUUUCAAGGAAAGUCAGAUUACCAAAAUGUGAUGGUAUUUCAGUCGUCCACAUACGGCAGAGUGCUUGUUUUGGAUGGAGUGAUUCAAGUAACAGAAAGGGAUGAAUGUGCCUACCAAGAAAUGAUUACUCAUCUUCCACUUUGCUCGAUCCCGAAUCCUAAAAAGGUUUUGGUUAUUGGCGGUGGUGAUGGUGGUGUAUUGCGAGAAGUAUCACGCUACUCUUCUGUGGAGCAAAUAGACAUAUGUGAAAUUGAUAAGAUGGUUGUUGAUGUUUCCAAGCAAUUCUUUCCGCACCUGGCCGUUGGAUACGAAGAUCCUCGUGUUACUCUACACAUUGGUGAUGGAGUUGCAUUUAUCAAAGGUGUUCCUGAAGGUACUUACGACGCGGUCAUUGUAGACUCAUCCGAUCCAAUAGGUCCAGCUCAAGAACUUUUCGAGAAGCCUUUCUUUGAAUCAAUUGCUAAAGUUCUUCGUCCAGGAGGAGUUUUGUGCACACAAGCAGAGAGCAUAUGGCUUCAUAUGCAGCUCAUCGAAGGCAUCUUAUCUGCCUGUCGUCAAGUCUUUAAGGGCUCUGUGAAUUAUGCUUGGACAACUGUACCUACGUACCCAAGUGGAGUGAUCGGUUUCAUGCUUUGCUCCACCGAGGGGCCACCAGUCGAUUUCCAGCAUCCUGUGAACCACAUUGAUGAGGAUGAGGUUUCCAAGAAAUCUAAAGGACCCUUGAAGUUUUACAAUUCCGAGAUCCAUUCUGCUGCGUUCUGUUUGCCAUCUUUCGCGAAGAGGAUUAUUGGUUCUGAAGCUCACUAAUGUCUCCUCAAUGACAUAAAGAUGAGAUGAAAAGGUGCAGGGUGCGGGAACUUCAUACUUUUGUGGCUCAUCCAUGCUCUAUAUUAGUUCAAAACUCAUGGAUGCCAUGAGGAAAAAAUUCUAUCGAUUCAGACUAGUCUUUUAUCAUAAUUCAAAGAACACCCAUCUACUCAACAAAUUCUUCUAGAAUGAUUUCUAGUAUCGAAUGAAGAGUUAUUGGUUUUGAAGCAUUAA